AGGCAAAUUGUUCACUUGAAUGUGCUUUGUUUUAGUAAUUCACUUGUGAAUUUUUAUUCAAUGUAUGCUUUUGCGCAAUACAACGAAAGCCACAUAAUGUAACGGCCAUACAUAAACAAAACUUAAUUGAAUGUCAUGCCAACCACGAUGUUGUAGUAUUUGCGUUCCCGCCGAAUAAAACAUGUUUCAGUGUUGAUUUAACUUUUGAUUUGGCAAUCUCACGAUACGCGGUUCUCCUUCACGCUGUGUUUUUAUUUUAUAUCUUUAUUUCUCAUUUUCAACUAUCAAAUUGAAUAAUUCGCGCAUAUAUCAUCAUUGCAAUUUGUUUUCAAUUAAAUACAUAUGUGGUAAAAGAAUAAAUUGAAAAAAUUUAUUAUAAAAAAGAAUAGUUUGUCAAUUCUCGUCAAGCAGUCAAAAAUGAUCUCAAACAAAAUACAUAUUCCGCUUGUUGGUGUGUUUGUGAUCAUAAUUGUGCAAAGUUCGUUUGCCAUCAAGUGCUGGGACUGUAAUUCAUAUUUGGAUAAAAACUGCGGUCAUCCGUUUGAUAAUCGCACUUUGUCAGUCACCGAUUGUAGCCUAAUUGCUGAUAGAAAUAUGCAAAAAUGCCGUAAAAUUGUGCAAAAAAUUAAUGAUGGUGGCGAUAUAAAAUAUACUCGAGGAUGUUUAAUUGAUGACCAUACAUCACAUCAGCUGAGCGAAGCGUCAAUCGAAUUAUGCAGUACUGAUGGCUGUAACUCAGCUCCAGCUAAAUUGCCAUUUAAAUUUUCGGUCUUAUUAGUACCUGUUCUAAUUGGUUUUUAUUUUCGACGAUAAAUGAUUUAUGUGAGUGCAUGAAUAUGUGUAUGUAUUGCAAAAAUACAAUUCUAUGAUUGAACAUCGCAAAAUAUUUUGUUAAAAAAAUACACAAUUUUUGGAUCUUUUAUAGCAUUUAUUUUGCAAUUAUAAAUUAAUUUGCUUUUCAUCAUAAUUGUUUUUCAAACGUAAAUUUUCCAUGUAACAAAUAAAAACCGGUGAUCGAUUUUUAUAGAAAUAA